UGGCGGCUGCGAAGCAAGCGCAUAUGUAUGCGGUCCGCCGCCUCAGCGCAUCACAGCGAGCCGCAGCUGACAGCUUUUCCAGGUUAGACGGGCUGGAAACGGAGCAUUCAAGGAGAGAGAACAAGACCAGCUAGAUUUCCAACAACCACCGGUCAUCAUCCGCAUCCAGCUGAGAUAUAGAGGGUUUCUCUUUGCCUUCUUUCCCCUAGGCCCCCUUACCUACUGCAUCUUUUCUCUCUCUCUCUCUCUUUUUUUUGAAGGAAUAAUGAUGAUGUUGAUGAUAUUCUAACGCACAGAUGACAGCAUAAGCAGGGCGGUGAGCUGUCAAACACCCCACUGCAGCCUCUUUGUUGAGAAGGAUCUGUAGCUACUGUCUCUGGACAUGAAUUCGGCGGAACAGACGGUUACGUGGUUGAUCACGCUCGGGGUGCUGGAGUCGCCGAAGAAGACCAUCUCGGAUCCUGAAGCCUUCCUGCAGAGCUCCCUAAAGGAUGGGGUGGUUCUCUGUAAGCUGCUGGAGCGGCUCAGCCCGGGCUCCACGGAGAAAAUUUAUCCAGAACCGAAGAACGACGGCGAGUGUCUGAGCAACAUAAAGGAGUUUCUCAAGGGCUGCACAUCGUUCCGCGUCGAGCCGUUCGAGGCCAGUGACCUUCUGCUGGGCCUGAACUUCUCCAAGGUGCUGAGCAGUCUGGUGGCCCUGAAUAAAGUCACCGCAGAUAUCGGCGUGGGGAGUGACUCAGUGUGCGCCCGACACUCUUCCGCCCAUCGCAUCAAGUCGUUCGAGUCGCUGUCCUCUCAGGCUUCACUGGGUCGAUCCUCCAAGUUGCUGCAGAACCAGUUUCGGAGUCUGGACAUGUCGGAAAACAGCGGACAGCAGCUGCUGGUGAAGGCUCGCUUCAACUUCCAGCAAACCAACGAGGAUGAGCUCACCUUCACCAAGGGUGACAUCAUCAGCGUGACCCGUCAGGAGGAGGGCGGCUGGUGGGAGGGGAUACUCAACGGCAAGACUGGGUGGUUUCCUAGCAACUAUGUGCGUGAAGUCAAAGGCUCUGAUAAACAAGUGUCCCCAAAGUCUGGCACCCUGAAGAGCCCACCGAAAGGCUUCGACACUUCUGUUAUAAGCAAGACUUACUACAACCUGGUGUUGCAGAACAUCUUAGAGACGGAGACGGAGUAUUCUAAGGACCUUCAAAGCCUCCUUACAAACUACCUGCGACCUCUUCAAAACAUUGACAAGCUGAGCAGCUCCGACGUAGCUCUGAUUCUGGGGAACCUGGAGGAGAUCAGCACCUUCCAGCAGAUGCUGGUCCAGUCACUGGAGGAGUCUACAAAGCUUCCAGAGAGCCAGCAAAGGGUGGGCAGCUUUUUCCUGAACCUCAUGCCUCAGAUGAAGGCGCUCUAUGUUGGUUACUGUUCCAACCAUCCCUCUGCUGUCAAUGUGCUUACUCAACAUGGUGAAACUCUUCGGGACUUUAUGGAGGGCCGCGGUGCAGUGUCUCCUGGGAUCCUCACCCUGACCACUGGCCUCAGUAAACCAUUCAUGAGGCUCGACAAAUACCCCACCUUACUCAAAGAGCUGGAGAGGCACAUGGAGGAGAAUCAUGCAGACCGACCAGAUAUUCUGAAGUGCAUGGGCUCUUUCAAGAACCUUUCAGCUCAGUGCCAGGAGGUGCGAAAACGAAAGGAGCUGGAGCUGCAGAUUCUCACAGAGACCAUCCGGCUGUGGGAGGGAGACGACAUCAAGACGUUGGGCUCGGUGAUCUACAUGAGCCAGGUGUUGGUCCAGAGUCCUAUGUCUGAGGAGAAGAAUGAGCGCUACCUCAUGCUGUUUCCUCACGUCCUCCUCAUGCUGUCUGCUAGCCCUAGGAUGAGCGGUUUCAUAUUCCAGGGAAAGCUGCCUUUGACUGGCAUGAUUGUGACCAAACUAGAAGACUGUGAAGCCCAUAAAAAUGCCUUCGAGCUAAACGGCACCAUGUUCGACCGUCUCCAGGUGGUGUGUGCAAACCAGCAGGACCUUCAGGACUGGGUGGAGCACCUGACGAGACAGAUCAAGCACAGCGCCGCCACGGCCCCCAGCCACAAACCGCUCGCUGUCCCCUGCCACACGCUCCCAUCUCAUCCUCUCACCCCGUCCCGGCAUGCUGAGAGCAGGGCCAUGACUGUGGCUCCCACCUACCACACCCUGCCUCACCCAUCCUCUCAUGGGACGACCCACAGCACAAUGACAUGGGGCCCCCUGGAGCCACCAAACACCCCCAAACCCUGGAGCCUGAGCUGCCUGCGACCCGCGCCGCCAUUACGGCCUUCCGCUGCACUCUGCUACAAAGAGGAUCUCAGUAAAAGUCCUAAGAGUGUGAAGAAACUCCUUCCCAAACGCAAACCUGAGAGGAAACAGUCUGAAGAGGAAUUUGCUCUAAGGAAGAGUACAGCCGCUCUGGAAGAAGACGCCCAGAUCCUGAAAGUUAUUGAGGCGUACUGCACCAGCGCCAAAACCAGGCAGACUCUGAACUCCACAUGGCAGGGCACGGACCUGAUGCACAACCACGUGCUCGCCGACAUGGACCAGUCCUGCGUGGACUCGCCGGGCCGCCGCAGCAGUGUGUCUCGGCCAGAACUGAGCUCCGACCUGUCGGAGGACUCUGACUACGACUCCAUCUGGACCAGCCACAGUUACAGGAUGGGAUCGGUGCCCCGAAAGAGCUGCAUCUCCCAUCAGAACUAGAGAAUGUACAGCGCCGCCAGGCUGUACUAUAAUGUAACGUAUAGUGCGCUUGCCUCUUUUACCGUAGAUGUAUUAAAAAAAAAAAAUAGAUUUUUUUUUUUAUUUAUUUAUUUAUUUUUUUGGUUGAUUUGGGUAAUUUAUUGCUUUAAUUUAUUUUUUUCGACGGCUUGUCUGAUGUUUUCAGCAUUUUUCCUGUUGCCUUUCCCUUUUUUGUGCCUCCUCUCUUUCUGUAGAUGUCAUGCAGUAAGUGUUAGCUAAUAAUUCUUGUUAAUUUAUCUUGAAUGUGACCACUCUCCUUGUUUGACCAUAAAUCUGGUGGACUCUGAGUGGAGAGGAUGGGGAUUUUGGUAUGUAGUUUAGGGGAGGGGGAUUUAUGAGUGGGGCAGGUGGGGGACUUAUGUUUUUUCCUGUCUGAUAUUCAGAUGCAAUUCAAGAAUGAGUGUCUUCAAUUUACCAUAAAUUUGUUCUUUUUCGGCAUGUGGUUUUUGG